AUGGGUUUGUACUCCCCACCAGAUGGUUCUAAGAAUCCCAAUCGGUCAAAAUUGGUGCAGAAGGAGGACCCAGAGAAACCCAGUGAAGAUAAGACAAUUGAAUUCUACGCGAGACCUAGUCUUGGCCUGCGACUUUGGGGACCACUAGUCCCCGCAUCUGACAAUAGAACCGGAUUAUGGAGCUUGGUCGGUAUACAGACUUUGUUUGGGCUCUAUUGCAUGAGAAAGUUUAGGCUUUCCGGCAGUCAAUUUUCAAAGAGAGAUAUUUCCGAGUUUCCCAGUUUGAAUCGAUUCUCUACCUCACGCGGUAAAAUUUAUGUGACAAAUCACACGGGGACUACAUUUGGAGGUACACACUCUUUCCACAGAACUGGACCUACGGGCUCGACAAGUUUCUUUAACUCCGCAAAAUUCACUAUAUUCAAGAGGUCGAUGUUUUUACUUUGCGGUUCUGUAUUACUAAGUCAAUCCUUGCUGGAGGCAUGCCGACUAACGAUAUUGAAGUAUGACCCGUGGUAUGAGGAAGCUCGCUCAGUUCGUGAGAAACAAUUCUUCAACGACAUCAUAAAAUAUUACCAUGAAGGCAUCGAUCCUACAAAAUUUAGGGUCAAAGACGCGGUCAAUGGGAACGUUUUGCCGUUGAACACACCAGAGGUGAAACAAAGUGUAGCUUUUGCACGGGCAGCAGUCGAAGCUGACAAUUGGAUAGUUUCCUGGUUUGGGCCCCUGGAAUACAAACCAAUGUCGUUUACGGAAUACUUGGAUAGGCUUGAGUACCACCUGGAGAUGACAGACUUUUUCAGCAAGAGACACACUAAAGAUGUAACCAAUCAGCUUUUAGGGAGAGCUAUCGCACAUGGACCAGAAGAAGUUGAGGAACUUAAAAAGCAGAAUGCACAAGUCAGGGAGAACGUCCAUUCUCUCAUGGAGUCUGCACCUAAGCAUAGCAUACCAGUUACGAAUGGCUCACGCCAAGGGACUCUGAAAGGAAUAAUUUUCGAUCCCAAUUUGCGAGCCCCAGAGGAGAUCGAUCUUUUCGAAACGUGGUCCACAUUUAAUCCUUGGUUAGAUUUGGCCUUAGAAACGUCGUUGAGCAUCAAGUUCUUGCCUACCGUUUUGAUGGGCAAUGACCCCAGUAUAGAAAAAGGCAGCGACACUUCCUACUUCGAUAAUAACGACGAAAGUUCUGAGGAGGAGAGCCGUUGA